ACCCCGGCAUUUACAGUCCGGCUUUGCUAGACUCCGGGUCCGGAGUUUCAGUGCAAUUAACUAUUUUAUCGCAGCGGCCAUUCCAAGUGAUACACCGGUUGUUGAAAGUCCCGGAUUAUCCUCGACAAAAACGUUAUAAUUUUCUUCCGGGUAACAGUUUUCAUUUGAGCGGAUAAAUCAGAAACCACUUGUUACUGCUGAUUUAUGUCGAGAACUGGAACUGCAAACAAAGUAGUUGUGAGGAAAGAUUCCGAUCGAUAGUUGAUAUCUGCCGGAGUGCAUGUUUUUAUGUCUCGUGACAUAUUACGAGUGUUUCGGAUUAUUUAGAAUGUAAGGACGAGAAGAAGUGCUCGAACGAUGGCGAGAAAAGCUCCUUUUUGGAGAGGGUUCGGACUCCUUCUUGUUCCUAUAACAUCGCUUCUUGUUACGUCCCUUCAGGCCUUUCAAGAGGACUGGUCGACUGCUCGGAUAUCAGAUGAACCCGAGUUUUUAGCCCCUAUACAUAAUUUAACAACUCCGGUGGGAAGAGAGGCUACACUUUCUUGCACAGUCAGCAACCUCGGAAAAUACAAGGUGGCUUGGGUCCGUGCAGAGGACCAAACAAUUCUAACUCUUCAUACUAAAGUCGUGACUCACAAUUCCAGAAUCAGUGUGACUCAUGACAAUCUAAAAACGUGGCAUUUGAGGAUUCGUCAAUUGAAAGAAUCGGAUCGUGGAUGUUACAUGUGUCAGAUCAACACCAGCGUCAUGAAAAUUCAACAAGGGUGUCUGGACGUUUAUGUUCCUCCCGACAUAAUCAAUGACGACACAAGUGGGGACUUGUCUGUGUCUGAAGGUGAGAACGCAACCCUUUGGUGUCGAGCAACUGGUCAUCCAACACCUCGAAUCGCUUGGAAGCGAGAAGAUUCCAAACCUAUUAUUCUCCGCAAAGGCCCGAGACAAGAAGAAAGAGUGGAGACUUACAAUGGAACGAAUCUACAUUUUUGGAGGCUGGAUAGGAAACAAAUGGGCGCUUAUCUGUGUAUCGCAAGUAACGAUGUGCCACCAGCAGUCAGUAAAAGAAUCGCACUCAACGUAAAUUUUGCGCCCUCCAUAAAAGUGCCAAAUCAGCUCCUCGGCGCACCUCUUAGCACCGACGUUCAUCUUGAAUGUUAUGUCGAAGCUUUUCCUAACACAAUCAACUAUUGGGUAAAAAAUAGGGGAGAAAUGUUAUUAAACGGGAGCAAAUACACUAUAUCUGAAACCCGGCGUGGCUACAAAGUCUCUAUGCAACUCUUCAUUCAUAAUUUCACAGUACCUGACAUUGGGACCUACAAUUGCGUUUCAACGAAUUCGCUGGGACGAGCCGAAGGCACCCUCAGACUCUACGAAAUUAAAGUGGGACCAGGCUUGCCCCACGACAACCACGUGAGCAUAGUUGGUGGUUUGGCCGAACCAGCUCGAGGUCACCGUUCCAGGGGCAACGACGCCUUCUCUUCAGCCGUUUUGACACGUCCACUUCUAGUAGCCCUAACGGCCACUUCACUCCUAAGUUCAAUGUCUUUGCGGUGACGCACCUAAAUUCAGUGUUUUAGUGCAUUAUCAUAACAUUUUAUCCAUCCAUCAUUCGAAAAACUUGCCUGGAAAAACCUUUCAGGCUUCCUAAUACGAAUGGCGCUUUUCAAUAUGGAUCAAUCAUACCGCGAACUCUUUCCUUCCGAUCUUAUUGCAGCGUGAGCACUAUUGUUGUGCAACAUUUUGAGACAAAAAAUACAACAAAUGUUGGCAAAAAUCGCGUGCAAGAGGCUUAUACUUGUCAAAUUUAAUUAAUCAGUGUGAUCAAAUGAUGUUUUUGUUGUUUGUCACAUUUACCCUCGGCUUCGAACGCAAGAAACGUGAAUGUUACCAACUAACCAAUUAAUUAAUUACCUUGUUAACAAUUAAAUAACAAUGUUCCAUCACUUACAACACGGUUUUUUGACCCAAUCAAUUUUUGUUGCAUGUGAUGGAGUGUCCACACUGCCUAUACUUUUUGUUCAUCUUUGAAUGUUUGUAGGAAAAAAUUUAUAUGAUUUUUGUCUUGAAAUGUUCCGUUUUGAAGAAGGCAAAAUACAAAUUUGUACUUCUUUGAAAAGUACUUGAGUCAAUUUAUAAAAUUAGAACUCACAGUCCCAUUUUAAAAGUUCUAUUUUUUUAAAUCAAUUGUAACAUAUUGUAAAUACUAUCGGUGUAGGAUUAUCAUUUCGUAAAAUUUUGUAUCAUAUUGUAAAUAAUCAAGGUGAUAGGAACUUAUUUGAUAUAAAAAUUGUAAUUUAUUAGUUUUGUGUAUAAUUCAUAACUCGCAUUUGUAAAAUCAUUAGAUUCCUAAAGAUCGAAAUUAGUAUUCAUAGGUAUUAUGUAUUCGAAUGGUGCCAAAUCAAAAUAAUAUAGGAUAAAUGUACGCAAAUAUAUGUAAAUCAUGGUACGAAACUGUUUACU